GAAGAGCAGGGGAAGGGACCCAAGGGGUACCUUUUCUCUUCCUCCAAGGAGACUGUGGGUCUAGGCUACUAAGGACGGGAGCCAGGAAGUGCCGAGGGAAGGAGCAAAGGGAGAGAGGGGUGGGUAGAUCUGGCCCAGAGCCAAGGGAAGACAGAGCUAGUGGGGCAGAGUUUCCUGCCUUGGGAUCAUACCCAAGUGUGACAAGAAUCUGAUUAAAUUUUAAGAGACUGGAAGGGAGAUAGCCAAAAGUCUCCAGGACCUAGAGGAUCAGAUACCAAGCUACUCUGGAGGGUCCAGAUCGAGAGGUUUCGAUCAAGAGAUCGGAAGAUCAAAGGAAGUCUCCAAGAUCGAGAGACCAGCGGAUCGGAGGAGGACUGAAAGCCAAGUGUCAGAGAUCGAGAAUGUAGAAAUCCAGAGACUUCUGGAUCAAAAAAAUUAGAGAGAGAAGGAAAGAAAGGGCACAAGGGCAAGGGUCACUCAGAGAAACUUUAAGUCAAAACACUUCAAGAGUCAAGGACACAUGCGCGUGUGUGUUUUGAGGCAAGGGGUGACAGACGGAGUAAGAGACUGACGACGCCUGAUGACACGGAGAUCAAAAGACUGAGUGACCCCAAGCCCCCAAACCAGGGGGUGGUCACAGGCCACCAAAUUCGGGCGUCUGAAACCAUCUCAGAGCCGAGUGAUUGGCCAUCACGGCAAAGCCUGAAAUCAGAGUGGUCCCCCCGUGGCGUCCCCAAGGGAUAUAGAAGUGAAGAGUCGGUGCCCACCAGGGUCAAGAGGCUCUGCUGAGGGAGAGGAGGAUGGCCCCCAGGCCCCUGCUCCUGUUCCUGCUCGCCCUGCUGGCAGGGCCCACCUCGGAGAAAGGCUGCCUUUUCUGUGAACUCACGGAUGCCCAGCAGUGCCCGGGCACACUGAUGCAGUGCGCCGAGGAUGAGGACUGCUUCACGGGCCACGGGGUGGCCCUGGGCGUCUCGCUGAUCUCCAACAAGGGCUGCGUCCGGGCCACCAACUGUGGCAAGGAGCAGCCUGUGAUCUACAUGGGCGUCACCUACAGCCUGGUCACUGCCUGCUGCCAGGGAGAGCUCUGCAACGCCGCGGUCCCCCGCCCCGGGCCCGGGGGUCUCGGGGCUGCCCUCCUGCUGGGUCUCAUCGGGCUGUUACACCCCUGGCUGCUUUGACCGCCCCUUUCCUCCCAACCCCCCGAUCCUAUUAAAGUGUCC